AUGCUGUUCACCGAGCCUCGCAUUCCAGUUCUGACAGCGCUCAGCGUGCUCGUUGCGCUGACGUGGGUCACGCUAUCGCUGAGGCUGUGGAUCGUUUUCACUGGAUACUGCACGUCGUGCGUUCUCAUCGAGGGAUCUGGAUAUAUCCCGCGCGCCGACGACCUUGAGAAUGCUCAACUGUCCAACCUCGUCAAUCUGGUCAUCGCUAAUACGGAACUGUACAUCGGUACUCUGGUAUUUCUCAAGAUCGCAAUCGGGUCCAUCUACUGGCGUGUCGCAACUACUCGUUGGCAACAAUACACCGUCGUGACGACACUCAUAUGCAGUACAGCAUUCGGGAUCAUCAUGUUUCACCUGACGCUGUUGAACUGCGGCGAUCCUACCAGAUACUUGGAAAACGCCCAGCAGAAUGCGUGCAUGCCCGCGAGUUCUAUGUACGCCAUGCAGAUGAGCGCGUACAUCGCCAACACGUUGACCAACUGGAUACUGGCCGUACUUCCGAUUUUCAUCGUUGUGAAGACCGUCAUGUCGGUACCAGCGAGACUUGCCACGGCUAGCAUCCUCACACUUGGGUCUUGCGCGAGCCUUGUGGCACUUGUCAGGGUAAUAUAUCUGAGAGACCUCACGGAACGUCCGACGUUCUUUCACGCCAUAGAGGAGCUCUCGUUCUGGUCUAUUCUGGAAUGCGGUCUUGGAACAUCGGCCGCCUGCGCGGCAGCAUUACGUCCUCUUUUUCCGAGUCUCACAAGUCACGCUGGGAACGAGCAAUUCAAGAGCGAGGCUUCACACACACAUAAAGUCUCGGCGGCAUCUUCAAGCUCGAGCCAGCAAUCAGACGAUGUCAAGGCUCGUGACUGGACGACUCUGGAGCCAUUGCGGAUCCCCUUUUACGAAGCAGAAGGCCAGAGCAAGAGUCACUUCAGCGUGGUCAGCGUCACGCCAGCCAUUAGGAGAUUCCGUGUACUGAGCAGGCUCGGCUUGUCGUAUUUCAAUCUCACAGGCAGCAAAAACGAUACCGACGUACCUGAUGACUUCGACUCUGCGAAUGUCGUUCGGCGGAGUACGCUCGAGAAGUCGCCCGUGAAUGGCAGACUCGAGAUGAGCCGCAAGCUCACCGUUCGCGAAAACUUUGGUGACGAGAUCGAAUCGACCGACGACGCAUCGCGGAGAGAGCCAGCAAGAUCUUCUUAG